AUGUCCGCAUUCCCCAUAGUAGACGGCGUGACAGUCGCUAUCCCACCACCCGAGGGUUAUGUGGUCAACUUUGAUCAUCCUCUACAACGACAUGCUAUAGAGUCAUACGUGAUCUCAGGCAUAGGCACAGCACUCGCUUUUCUUUUCUUUUUCCAGUAUUUAUAUGUCAAACUCUGGGUUUUACGUAAGCCCGAUGGGGAGACGGGUUCAUUCAUCCUCGGGGUAACAGGAGUACAUGCUUGGGAACUCCCUCUCGAAAAGUUCAACGAAGGGAAUCAGCUCACCUUCAUAUCCCCCAUCCUAUACGCAGUAUGCACUGCCUGCUCCAAAAUGGCGCUGGCGCUAUUCUACCGAAGGCUUUCACCGCAGAGAUGGUGGAAAUGGAGCGUGUACAGCGUUUUCUUCCUCGUUGCUGGCUAUAACCUGGCCAUCCUGCUGGUGAUUCUCUUCGGCUGUACACCGUUCAAGAAAAGUUGGGAUCUCACGAUACUCGAAGGAUCAUGCGUAGAUCGAGGAGCUGUGUAUAUCUGUACAGCGGCCCUGGGCAUUCUUUCAGAUCUCAUCCUUCUUGUCAUGCCCUUACCGAUGAUUUUGCAGCUACAGAUGCCGCGACGGCAAAAGGCUGGCCUUGUGGUAUUGUUUGUCAUUGGUUCUGCAACACUUGUAACGUCUGUGGUUCGACUAGUACUACUGGUUUCAAUAGUUGAUGCAAAUGACUACACCUGGGUUCUCUCCAGUGCGGUGGUUUGGAUCUUUGUUGAAGCCAACCUCUUGAUUAUAUGCGCGUCGCUGACGACGCUUCGACGAUUCUUCAUCCACGUCGCACCCAAGUUCAUCGGCGAACGCGGGUCAUCAGUUCAAUACUCUGCAGCCAGUAAAGGAACACGGCAACAUCCAUUCCACACAAUAGGGAGCAUUAGAAACAAAACCCGGAAGGAUAGACUUGAUGUUCAGAUUGAGGAUCCCGGAUUCGACCUCAAGACAAUCGUCCAGGCGCAGCCCGUGACGACCGAAGUCACGGCAUACGAGACAGACGAACAGCCAGAACAGAUGAUACGGCACUUGCGGAGACAAGAGUCAGUGAAUAAGUUUGGCGAGGCCGCCCUUGUUCCAGAUAUACAAUUCUUUGUCUCGUUCGUGGGCUGGUGACGGUUAAUGCAUUCGUCAAGAUGUGAGAUGGUGUUGGCCAAUCGUAUCCUGAGAAGCGUAAAAGGUGCAUAUUCUGUCAGGCGAUUUGAAACAGAUCUCUGCCAAGACUGAAACACGUCUGCUCUCAAUUGCCGGGCCAAGUUAGAGUUGGACUGACUAUGUCGGCGGCUGCAGUUGUUGAGUCAAUGGAACAUCAACUUGACAUCCUGGUAGAGAGAAAAGAGAUGUCUUGGUCUACGGGUUUCAGCUGCCGAGCCAAGGCAGUGCAUCCAUCAGCCAAGCAUUGGAUGAAUCAAAGCGCCUAUGGCUAUUGGCGACUAUAGCUCCGGGAGGGUCCGACAGAUGAAAAAAAGUCGUGUGCGUCACAAACUCUUGUCGUUCGCUGUCGGAACAUGAUGAGAUGAUGCUCUUUAACAUUUCGCCCAGAACCAGCUAAGGAAUGUGAAUGUGAAGUAGGUCUCGUAUUCGGGACAUCACCCCAAU